AAGUCGAGCACGUUGUAGGGGUCUUGAAAAUGGUGCAAAAAGCUCCUUCUUUGGUGUCUCUAGCCAUGGAGGUACUGAAAACAGAGCUUCUUCGAGAGGAUGAUCUAGUACCGAUUAUUUACGAGAUGCCGGUAGAAUUAUUUGAUAUUUUAUUGACUCACUUGCCUCCCUUGGGCUUGCAGAAGUUACAAAGAGAAAUGCCAUUUAAGGACUGGAAUGACUACGGAUCUACCUAUGAUUGUUCAGGAAAUGAGAGAAAACGUGGAAGAACGUGGAAGUUGGAUGCAGCUUGGAAAAUGUUAUUCAAGAAACGUUGGCCACAGAUUGUCCAUCAAACUGAACCAAAUGGCUGGGAGCAAACAUAUUGGGAAGCACAUUUGCAAAGUUGCCUAGAUGAAGCAGCAGAGGUAGCUGUACUCCCAUCUUUUGACGGGUUUAUUGGUGACAUAAAGAUUUCAGGCACUCUACUGAAACAUAUUGGUUAUGAGGAGCAAAUGAAUCAUUCAGCCUGUGAAUUUUCAAUGUUAUAUUACCAUUGCCAGCAAUUUGGGUGCUAUGCUAGAUCUCUGAGACUUCAAAAUGUGCUUUGUGUUGACGAAACUUGUCAAUUAUUGAAGAACAGUAUGUUGCAAAGCUUGAUAAUAUUGUGGGUCAGAUCCCAAGAACAUGUGCAUAGCUUAUCCAAACUUAUAUUUCAAAACCUUGAAACAUUAACAUCACUCGAAUUUCGUCACUGCAAGCUAUGUGCAUUUUUUGUCGCAUCAAUUUGUAGUGCUCUUUUCGACAAGAGUUUGCGAACACACAGGAUUCGGCAUUUCUCAAUCAUUACAUCAAGCUUUUAUGAAAACAGCCCAAGCUCUGUGACUCUGGAACUUAUUUCGUUUCUCUCUGCUGGAAGGUCACUGCGUUCAUUGAAGUUCAGUGACAGCCAUCUGGACAAAAUUUUUGGAAGAUUGCUUUUCAGUGUCCUGCUUGAGGCUUCAUGUGGUUUAUCCAUCCUUGAUCUUUCAGGAAACAAUAUAACAGGAUGGCUUUCUAAGAUCAACCAGGGAUCCCCAAGUGAUUCCCUGUUAUCUUUACCAGUGAAGACUUUGCAAUCGUUACGUUUUCUCAAUCUAAGGGGAAAUAAUCUUCGGAGAGUUGAUGCAGAGGAUCUUAGAUACGCACUGGUUAAUAUGCCUAACUUGGAGAGCUUGGAUAUAAGUGAAAAUCCCAUUGAGGAUGAUGGAAUCAGAAGUUUAAUUCCCUAUUUCAUUCAAGUAACUGAAAGAUCCCAUCCCUUGGCUAAACUGAAUUUGGAAAAUUGCGAGCUUUCCUGCGAUGGAGUGAUUGCACUUCUUGAUAUGCUUUCAAUGUUGAGAAAACCCCUGAAUUCUCUCUCUAUUGCCGAUAAUGUCCUUGGAAGUCGAGUAGCAGCUGCUUUGGCAAAGUUUUUGGGCACAUCCAUUCAAGUACUAAAUAUUGGAGGAAUUGGACUGGGUUCAUCUGGCUUUCAGGCACUUCAAGUUGGAAUGCAGGGGGCGUUGAAGCUUGUCAAUAUGGACAUAAGUAAAAAUCGAGGUGGGUACGAAACUGCUAAGUUCUUGUCAAAGCUUCUGUCAUGUGCACCGGAACUUGUUGAAGUUAAUGCAGGAUAUAAUCUUAUGCCUUCAGAAUCCUUGUCCAUCAUAUGCUCCGCCCUAAAAGUCGCAAAAGGUCAUCUUCAGCGUGUGGACUUGACGGGGAACAACUGGAAAUAUCAACCAUCUCAUGUUUCCAUGGUUGCUGAAUUCCAGCAUAAAGGACGGCCUAUUGUGAUAUUCCCAUCGCUGGUAGCCUCAGAUGUGCCUUAUGAUGAUGAUCCCUAGAUAUACUGGAGCUGUGUUACGAGACAGUUCCCCUUGAGUCACUAGGGCUGUUUUACCAAUGGUACAAAAUUAUGCUGGUAUAACAAGCAUAUUUCAAUGUAAUUAUAUGUAAGAUGCAUGUCUGCAGUAGGCUUUAAUUGGCUGGUUGGAGAUUUCUGUUAUGAAGUUCUUACCAUUUUGUACCUAUUUAAUUAGAUAACUUCGAAUUUAGUUGAUUCUUCAGUACCCUUGGUCACCUUGAAACAGACAAUUACCUGCUAGGAGGUUCACACCUAAAGCAUCUUGAAAUUUGAUUCAGAAAUGGAUUUACAAACACAAACAUAUAGAAAGGAAUAGCUUGUUUAAGAUCUUGUGCAAGUACAGGGCAUUGGACAAAAUAUAUUGAACUAGUCAUGUUGGUCGUUUGUCAUUUCA